AUGUCUUUCCUUUUCGGCGGUCAGCCCAAGAUGUCCUCGGAGAUGAAGAUUGCUCAGGCCGAGACUGAGGUUGACAUGAUCUCAGACAUGUUCUCCCGCUUGAGCGAGUCCUGCACCAAGAAGUGUGUUCCCGUCGAUUACCGCGAGGGCGACCUGAACAAGGGCGAGUCCGUCUGCCUCGACCGCUGUGUCUCCAAGUUCUUCGACGUCAACAUCAAGGUCUCCGAGAAGAUGCAGGGCGAGGCUGCUCAGAAGCAGCAGGGUCUCAUGUAA